AUGUUUCUUCUUGUUGCUUACACCAUUCCCUCUCUCUUCUCCAGUCUGUCUGUCAGCACGUUCCAGGCGUUCCAGCUCUCCACUCUGCACCAAAGACCUGACUCUGUUCUCCAGCGCCUCACUAAAAACCCCGGCUCCUUCUCCAGACACGCCUCGACGAGCUCCGAGCUGGCUCUUCUGCCCCGGGACGCCUCCUCCUCCGUGUGGGGGCGGGGCAACAGGGCGGUGAAGAUGGCCGUGUGGGGACUUUCGGCGACUCUUGGGGCGGCCGUGUUCGCCGUGGCUCAGACCGCGAUGGACUGGGGGCCGGAGGUGCUGCUGCAGCUGUUCUGA